AUGUACCCCGAAAAGAGAAGUUCUAGCAAAAGGUCACGUCUUGUACGCAUGUUUUCUAGAGAGAGUUCGAGAGAAGAACGACGGGCCGCAGAGAGGAGCGACUCGACAAGCAGCUCGAGCAGGGAAGUGCUGGAGCGAUUACUGGAGACCCCAGGGCCGUACCCUAGCCUCGUCCUCCCGCCCGCGGGCUACUGGGGCGACACGGGGGAGGACAGGAGGAACAGCCAGUGCGGCCCAGAGGCGAUCCCUUCUCCGGAGCCCGUCUACUACAGGCACCACUUUUUAGGGCAGGAGCACACCAACUUCACCGGUUGGGAUGAAGCGCUGGGACCGGUGCUGCUGUCCCUGAAGCAUGAGUCCAAUGAUGAGCAGACCAGGGUACUCCUCAGGAUGAGGACGGGCACCCUACAGACCGUCAUACCUUCCACCAACACCCCGCCCAUCACCGUAGCAAAGGCCGUCUGCGCAGAUCUGUCGCUGAGCAGCCUUGAACCCGUGCUGGCUCCUAGAGCGUCCAGGCUGAUCGCUGCAUAUGACGAACACUCCAUAGUGAGGCACUACAAGUUUGGAGUGCUGCUGCAGAAGAUGGGCCAGACAACCGAGGAGGAGCUCUUCUCCAACAGGGGGGCCAGUCCCGCCUUCGAGGAGUUCCUCUCCUGUUUGGGCUCCAGGAUCAACCUCAAGUACCAUAAAGGAUAUCGUGGUGGCUUGGAUACCCAGUUCGGGCAGACGGGGGACGAAGCUGUGUACCAGGUGCACAAAGGCGCUGAAAUAAUUUUCCAUGUUUCAACCCUCCUCCCUUUCACAGACAAUGACCCUCAGCAAUUGCAGAGGAAGAGGCAUAUAGGGAAUGAUAUUGUCGCUAUCGUCUUUCAAGAAAAGAAUACACCUUUCAGCCCAGAUAUGAUCGCUUCUCAUUUUCUUCACGCUUUUAUUAUAGUUCAAGCUAUCGAACCCAACACUCCUAACACUAGGUAUAAAGUUAGCAUCACAGCGCGGGACGAUGUCCCGAUGUUUGGGCCGCCUCUUCCGAACCCUCCCGUCUUCAUCAAAGGUCCAGAUCUUCGAGAAUUCCUCCUUGAUAAGCUAAUUGCUGCCGAAUCUGCCUGCUAUAAAGCACACAAAUUCGCCCAACUAGAAUUGAGAACAAGGUCUAGCCUCCUUGAGAGUCUAGUGACCGAAUUGAAGGAAAAGUCGAGGGAGUUUGUUGGCGCUGAGGAGUUUACUUCAGAAACGCCGAAAUCUGAAUCUGGUCCUGGCUCAAGGUUUAUAGACACCGUAAGGAAAGCUCUGAUCGCUAGGGUCAGGUCACAAGAGGUCAAGAAGCAUGAGCAAGAUACGCCACCACAGAUAAAUGGCAAUCCUGUAUCUAGGAGUAGCACUUUCGGUAAAAAGAGUUCUCCAUCUUCACCUGUUUCCAGCCCAGAUAUUCACACUCAGAGAUUAAACAGUCGAGUGUCAGAGAGUGAUUGCUCGUCGUUGAACAGCGUCGAGCUGGAGAACAAUGAUUCGGACACCGGUCUCGAAAGCAUGAGCUCGUCGGAGAACAGCAAGCCGUGCACACUAUGCCUAGACCCCGUCGCAGAUCUCAGUCAAGAAGUGACCAGGCUAAAGUGUGACAAGCUUCACCUCCUCAGGCAGAAUGUUACCUGCCAAAGAGAGAUCAAGCGUCUGAGAGAGAAAGAGCUAGCCUUGCAGUCAGAAAUUGCGACGGCAUCGCGGGAGAUAUUGAGGCUACGAGAGCUCCUCAAGGACUAUAACACAGAUGCUUCUAACAUUUAA